AUGUCUGCCGAGAACACUCAAGCUCAGGUCCCUCUGCCCCCAAAGGCGGGCGAGAAGAUCCCUCAGGCCAAGGUCGACGAGGAGGAAGAGGAGGAAGAUGAAGAUGAAGAUGAAGACGAUGACGAUGAAGACUUUGAUGAUGAAGAGGAGGAUGAUGAGGACGAGGAUGAGGAUAGCGAGGAUGAUGGGGUCGACCACAAGGGUGUUCUGGCCGACUUUUACAACAACGAGCAACAAGAUGAAGACGAUGACGGAGACGUCGUUGAGGGCGACGAAGAGGCUGGUCUCACACCCUUGAAGCGAAAGGCGAACGAAGGGAACGACGGGGAUGCGAAGAAGCCAAAGGCUUGA